ACUUUAAUCCAAUUCACACGCAAGUCUCGACAUCAUAUCAUAUCAUAUUACAUCAUAUCAAGUCCUGUGGCGAUGGGCGAGCGACGAAGCAGCAGGUGUGGAUACACUGGGAGCUGUAGCCGCGGACCUGCACAUAGGCGGCUCAGGCAUAAUGGUCGUUCCUCACUGACCGAAGCCGCAGUGGAGCUCGGCAUCUUCUUGAGCGACUGAGCAGCCCUAUUCAGGAUUGCACUGCUCACCUCCGUAGAAUGAGGAGGGGGCUAGAAAAGGUGCCCUAAACAUUGCCUGCUUCACCUUACCCUGGCCAGCAUACCGCGGCUGGCGGGGAUCCCAUAAAAGCAGUCGAACAUAAACAAAACUUAGAGUGACACCGAUCACUAUUGGCACAUGGAAUGUGCGCACGUUACUGGACAACAUCAUGGCAGACAGACCGGAGAGAAGAACAGCACUUGUCGCUAGAGAGCUCGCACGCUACAACAUUGACAUUGCAGCCCUUAGCGAAACUCGCCUUGCUAAUGAAGGACAGCUGUCCGAGCCAGGCGGUGGCUAUACAUUCUUCUGGAGUGGCCGCAGCAGUGAUGAGCGUCGCAAAUCUGGAGUUGGCUUCGCCAUCAAGAAUCAUCUUGUUUGGAAACUUGCCAGGUCCCCCAAGGGUAUGAAUGACCGGCUCAUGACAAUGCAGCUUCCGCUUCAAAAAGGAAACAAGCCUUUGAUCAGCGCAUAUGCUCCUACAAUGACCAACCCAGAGGAUGUGAAGGAUAAAUUCUACGAAGAACUAGAUACUCUGCUAUCGUCAGUGCACUGCACAGACAAGCUGAUUCUGCUUGGCGAUUUUAACGCAAGAGUUGGAUGCGAUGCCGCAGCCUGGGAAGGAGUCAUCGGGAAAAAUGGAGUGGGAAAGUGCAACAGCAAUAGCCUGUUACUGCUGAAAACGUGUGCAGCACAUGACCUUCUGAUCAGCAAUACGGUCUUCCGCCUUCCUACCCGCAACAGGACUUCGUGGAUGUAUCCCCGUUCCAAGCACUGGCAUUUGAUCGAUUAUGUCAUCGUCAGGAGAAGGGACAGACAAGAUGUCAGGGUUACAAAAGCUAUGUGUGGCGCUGACUGUUGGAUGGAUCAUCGGCUCAUAGUAUCCAAAAUGAAGCUCCGUAUCAUGCCAAAGAGACGACCACAAGGCUGUAAGGCUCUCAAAAGGAUCAACGUGUCGAAGCUGAAGAACAGCCGCAUCACUGAAAAUCUAGCGGAAGACCUAGAGAAUGAGCUUGCUGAUCUUCGUAUUGAGGAUGACGCUGAGAAAGACUGGGAGCGAUUCCGCAACACUGUCCAUACAGCUGCAUCAAAGUUAUUGGGGCCCUCCACAUGCAGGCAGCAGGACUGGUUUGACGAAAAUGAUGCAGAAAUCCAGGCCUUACUUGCUGAGAAGCACCGCCUGCAUCGUGCAUAUCAAAACGAUCCAUCCUCAGCGGCAAAGAAGACCGCCUUUAUGAACGUUCGCAGAACAGUACAGAACCGAUUGCGCAAAAUGCGGGACUUGUGGCUGAGCGCCAAAGCAAAUGAAAUACAGGGAAACAUUCCUCCGGAAACUAGAGAUGCGUCCAUCUUGCACCUCUAUAAGAGGAAGGGCAAUCGCCAGGUAUGCAACAAUCACCAUGGAAUCUCGCUGCUUUCUACAAUGGGGAAAGUUCUUGCAUGGGUUCUGUUGAACCGAUUGAUCACUCACCUGGAGAAGGGCUUACUGACAGAAUCACAGUGUGGCUUCCGCAACGGUCGUGGGACUAUUGACAUGAUCUUCGCUAUGCGUCAGCUACAGGAAAAAUGUCAAGAGCAGAAUCUUGAACUCUACACAACUUUUGUGGACCUCAUGAAAGCAUUUGACUCUGUCAGUCGCCAGGGCCUGUGGAGGAUCAUGUCGAAAUUUGGCUGUCCAGACAGAUUUAUACGAAUGGUACGUCAAUUUCAUCACGGUAUGAUGGCUUGUGUCCUGGAUGAUGGUGAAACAUCUGAGGCCUUCCCAGUCACCAACGGCGUCAAGCAUGGUUGUGUUUUAGCACCCACUUUGUUCAGCAUGAUAUUCUCUGCCACUCUGACUGAUGCCUUUCAACACUGCACUGAAGGAGUAGGCCUGAAGUAUAGAACUGAUGGGAAAUUAUUCAAUCUGAGGCGACUGCAUGCCGUCACCAAGGUGAAGGAAACUGUACUUCGAGACUUUCUCUUUGCCGACGAUUAUGCUCUGAAUGCUAGCAUUCCAACUGUGACCAUCACCCGAGAUCCUCGGAACACAUAG